GAGCUCCAGUGGUGCUCCAACUGCGCCUCCCUCACUCACUCCCGUUGCGCUCCUUCACACCCUCUCCUUCUGUUCCCUUUCGUCUGCCCUCUCUGCUCCGACCCCAUCUUUUCCUUCUUCUCCCCUCCCCCUGGGCCGCGCCUCUCCAUCGAAGCCAAGAUUUCCACGGAUCUGCUCUGCGCCGCCAAGAUCGCCGCAUGGUCAAUGGCGGAGGCGGUUAGGGCGACGGAGGAGGAAGCCAGCCGGAGGGUUAAAGAAGCGGUCGUUUGUAGGAAGAGGGUGAAGGAGGCUCUAGAUAAAGUUUUGGCCGUCGUCGCAAUGACAAAGAAGAAAACGGUGGCACCGCUAGAAUCCGGGAAGCCAAAGAGCACCGCCUGA